AUGUCAGACUACAGCCAAGCUCAACAAACCAUCGCAGACGGAAAUUAUGGUAAAUUCGUUGCAGCACUUGACCGAUUACGAAACAUCAAUGCAACCGAUGAAUAUGGAAACACACUAUUACAUUGGGCUGCUGCUUACAAGAGGCUUGAGAUGGUCAAAGAAUUAAUUGAAAAGAAAAAGAUUGACAUUACCAUUAAAAACAAGACACAAAAGACUGCUUUUGAUUUGGUGGUAGAUGCUUCGGCUACAGACAUGAGCUUCUUUGAAGUAAAACAAUAUCUGAAGACUAAAUAUCAGUAA